CUGCCUGACUGAAAGAAACAGACAGUGGAAGCUGCUCAAAUACUUUCACCCACCAAGAUGUCUGCAGACAGUCAGACUGCAGCAGAUUUUAGAGUGAAAUACAGCAGAAGGAUCGACAGUGAUGGACGAGAGCAAGAGUACAGUGAGGUUGAGAUGCUAGAUGAUGAAGAACAACAUCCUGAUGUUGGGCUGCAGGCAGCUGAAUUAAACAUCCAGAUGAAGCUUUCAGCUGUGAAAAGAAGAUGGUUCAGAGCUUUUGAAGUGAAUCUUGGGCUGCUGUAUCUUUUGAUUCUGGCUGGAAUCACCGCACGAUAUAUUUUAGUCAAUUUGGAAAAAGAGCAUCUCCAGGCUAAUCGUUCAAUGAAAAUAAUUCAAUUAAAGCAAGAAAUCAAGUUGCUAAAGGAGAAGAUCAAAGAGAAGUGUCCUGAUCGAUGGACAAGAUUUGGAAGCAGCUGUUACUUUAAAUCCACUGAGGCAAAGCACUGGCAAGAGAGCAGGAGAGACUGUCAGGAUAAAGGAGCUGAUCUGGUGAUGAUAAACAGCAAAGAGGAACAGUUCAGUCAGCCAUUCAGUUGUCCAGCCAGUCAGUGUCCGUUCACCCUCUGUUCAUCCACUCCUUAUAAUAAACCUUCACCAGUCCUCACCUACCUGCGAGUCCUGCGUUUGGGUUCUUUCUUCCUCGCCUCCACACAACGCCUGACAGAACUCUGUGUUAUCUGAGGUACUGGAAGUUUUAUAUAUCCCCAAUCCUGGUCUUUGUCUCCUUAAUGAUACCUCUGACAUCUCCUUAAAACAAAUACAAUGCAAAAUGUUGUUUGCCGGAUUCACAUCCGCAAAGAAGACAAUUACAAAGCAACAGUUCAGUCCUGACAUUUGUAUGGAAUCAUUCUGGAUACGAUGUCUUAUCCGUAUCAUUAAUCUUGAACAUACCACAGUGAAAUUAAAUAAAGCUCGACCCACGACUGUAGAAGCUUGGAAAAUCUUCUCAUCCAAAAUUACCUCCUGCAAGAGGCAAUAACUGGUAGUAACUUUGUGUUUUUGUGUUUGUUUGUUUUUUUCAAAAAGAAGUACUGAAUUAUGACUGGAGACAAUAUUUUUGU